GGCAAAUACUUUGCCGAAAACGACGGCCUAUCCCUCGGACCUGGUACAUUUGUCGAAGCACUAGAAUACUUGGCCAAUGUGAAAUCAACUAUUGUUGGUAAACCCGAGAGAAGCUUUUACGAACUAGCGUUAAAAGAUAUGGGACU